GUGUUCUGCAGGCACUCGCGGAUUCGCAAGUAUGAAGCGGAGUUGCAGGCGUGUCGCGUGGAGUCCAUACCAGUGGAUAUAAACGACUACCACCCACUCAAACCCAUUAUGGUGACUGAGUCUCGUUCUCGUCGCGGUGCUGGGGCGGGGGCUGGGGGAGGAGGAGGUGCGGGAGGAGGUGUUGGUGCUCGUCGUGGCUCCUCCUCCUCCACAGCCUCCUCCUCCUCCUCCUCCUCGCUGGCCGCCUCCUCCUCCUCGUGUGACCCGCUCACCUCUCUGCUGGACGGAACCGACCCGCUCUCCAUGUUCGCUGCCGCCAGCACCGACCCACACACACCCCUCACACACAGCGCCUCCGCCGGGGAGUUGGGUCGUGGUCGGCGUCGUGAGCGCGAUGAGGAGUGUGUGGUGGGAUCGGACUUCGAGCCCUGGGCCUCCAAACGAAGCGAUAUCCUUGCCCGGUUCACGACCACCGAGAAGCUGUCUAUAAAUCUCUUCAUGGGUGAGAAAGGUAAGGCUACCAGUCCCAGCUCGGCGGUGUCAGAGAAAGUGAGAACUCGACUAGAAGAGCUGGAUGACCUGGAGGAGGGUUCCCAGAGGGAGCUGUUGAAUCUGUCCCAGCAGGACUAUGCCAACCGCAUCGAGGAGCUGAACCAGUCGCUGAAGGAGGCCUGGGGCUCAGACCAGAAGGUUAAGGCACUCAAGAUAGUCAUACAGUGUUCUAAGCUUCUAUCUGAUACAUCAGUGAUCCACUUCUAUCCCAGCAAGUUCGUUCUCAUCACCGAUAUACUGGAUACAUUUGGUCGUCUGGUGUACGACAGAAUCUGGACCAUGUGCUCCGACCCCCAGCCCCUACCAGAGGGCUUUUCCCCAGAAGAGGUGACGGACACGGCUAAGGAGACUUGUCUCAACUGGUUCUUCAAGAUCGCCUCCAUCAGAGAACUCAUCCCACGCCUCUACGUGGAGGCGGCCAUCUUGAAAUGCAACAAGUUCCUGUCAAGAACUGGUAUCCAGGAGACCCUCCCUCGCCUGACCUCCAUGAUCCGCGGCAUUGGAGAUCCCCUGGUGGCCGUCUACGCACGAGCAUACCUAUGCAGGGUGGGUAUGGAAGUGGCCCCUCAUCUUAAGGACUGCCUCAAUAAGAAUUUUUUCGACCUCUUGGCGUCGUUCCGUCAGCUGCAGAGCGAGACGGUUCAAAAGCAGAUACAACUGCAGCACGUGGAGACUCCGGUCUACUUAACCCUCUACUCUCCUGCCAUACACUGGAUACUACAGUGUGUAGCAUACAGGGCACCCGAGGCUCUGCUGACGGAGAUGAUGGACAGGUGUCAGAAGCUCGCCAACAAUGCUCUGCUGCUGAACUCGGUGAUGUGGGCGUUCCGUUCGGAGUUCAUUGCCACGCGAGCCGCAGACUUCAUCACCAUGAUCAAGCAGUGCGACGAAACCGGAUUCCCAAAGCAUCUGUUGUUCGGAUCACUGGGGCGGAGCUUAGCGUCAGCUGAUCCGGAGGGGGCGGAGCGUUUGGGGAUUCUAAACGACGCCUGGAAGGUCAUCACUAAAAUACGCAGCACACAGGAUUACAUCAACUGUGCUGAGAUCUGGGUGGAGUUCACCUGCCGACACUUCACGAAGCGAGAGGUGAACGCUGUUCUCUCUGACAUCAUCAAGCACAUGACGCCUGAUCGAGCAUUUGAGGACGCCUACCCUCAGCUCCAGUCCGUCAUCAGGAAGAUCCUGAACUACUUCCACGACUUCUCAGUUCUCUUCUCCAUGGAGCGGUUUCUGCCCUUCCUCGACAUGUUCCAGAAGGACUCAGUCAGGGUGGAGGUCUGCCGAUCCAUCAUGGAGAACUUCAUCAAGCAUCAGCAGGAGGCCACUAGAGAUCCGGUCAUCCUCAACGCUCUCAUGCACGUCUGCAAAACCAUGCACGACUCCGUCAAUUCCUUGACUCUUGAGGAUGAGAAGAGAUCUCUGGCUUUACUCAUCAACGGAUUCAUACGACUGGUGUCGUUCGGUCGUGACUUCGAGCAGCAGUUGAGUUUCUGUGUUGAAGCCAGAGCCACGUUCUGCAACCUGGAACCCGUGGUCAUCCAACUCAUACAUACGGUGAACCAGUUGGCGAUGGAGACUCGACGGGUGAUGAAGGGAAAUCACUCACGCAAGACGGCAGCUUUCGUCAGGGCCUGUGCUGCUUACUGCUUCAUCACGGUUCCAUCUCUCACCAGCAUCUUCAGUCGCCUGCACCUCUACCUGCUGUCCGGCCAAGUGGCGCUGGCCAACCAAUGUCUAUCACAGGCGGAUGCGUUCCUGAAGGCGGCGGUGAGUGUGCUUCCUGAGGUUCCGCGUAGCAUCAUCGUGGAGGGCAAGCUGAGAUCUACUGAGAGCCUGCUGCUCGACUUCAUACACAACUUCCUCUCUACGCUACUCACCGUACCGGACCACCCAGAGCAGGGUGUGUUGUACCUGGUGCGCGGGCUGCUGAAUAUGGUCCAAGACUACACGUGGGAGGAGAACAGCAACGCCAAAAUAAAAGUCUACUGCGGAGCCAUCCCUCUUCUAGCGGCCAUGAGCCAGGAAAACUACCUAUACAGCAUACCACGAGUUGACUCCAAUGAGACUCUGUACGGCGGCGAUCCGAAGUUCAUCUCGGAGGUCAACAAGCUGUGCGACACUCUGAUUGGUCAGAUCCUCGACCACCUGAAGACCCUCGGCAACGCAGAGGGUCUUCGCAAGCAGAGUGCGCUGGCUUUCGCGCUCUUCAGUGUGUUGCUGGUUCAUGGAGAUUUGAGGAACAACAAACUCAACCAGCUGGCGGUCAACCUGUGGAGCCUUAGUCACAAACACGGACACGCAGAUACAAGGACAUCGGGGAGGACGUUGGAGCACAUCAAGAAUCUUCAGCAACAACCGGAACUCUCACACCUGGCGGACAUUCUACCAAGACUCUAAACACACACACACACACACACACACACACACACACACACACACACACACACACACCUGGGAGAGAUCAUACCAAGACUCUCACUACACACACGCACCUAAACACACCCACACACACACACACACACACACACACACACACACACACACACACACACACACACACACACACACACACACACACACACACACACACACACACACCUAAGCAUUGAGCGUUGAUUGUGUAAUCGAAUGUGUUUUGUAUGGAUCUGAUCCAAGUCCAAUCAUUCCAGAUAAAGUCUCUUGGCCUUCA